UAUAAAAUGGGACCUCUGAUUAUAUUCACUGGACUCUGGCUGUUUUCAGCAGUAAAGGCAGACUCAAAAGCCAUUACCACCUCUCUCACUACAAAAUGGGUUACCACCCCAUUGUUGUUAGAAGCCAGUGAAUUUUUAGCAGAAAACAGUCAAGAGAAAUUUUGGAAUUUUGUAGAAGACAGUCAAAAUAUUGGAUCAUCAGAGGAUCACGGUACUGAUUAUUCCUAUUACCAUGCAAUAUUGGAGGCUGCAUUUCGGUUUCUGUCACCUCUACAGCAGAAUUUAUUGAAAUUUUGUCUGUCUCUUCAUUCUUAUUCAGCCACAAUUCAAGCGUUCCAGCAAAUAGCAGCCGAUGAACCUCCACCAGAAGGCUGCAAUUCGUUUUUUUCAGUUCAUGGAGAGAAGACUUGUGAUUUUGAUAAUCUUGAGACUCUUCUACGCACAGCAUCUGAAAGACCCAAACCAUUAUUAUUCAAAGGAGAUCACAGAUACCCCUCAUCUAAUCUGGAAAGUCCAGUGGUAAUUUUCUACUCUGAGAUUGGCCAUAAAGAAUUUUCUGUUUUCCACCAACAACUCAUAUCCAAAAGCAAUGCUGGCAAAAUCAACUAUGUAUUCAGACAUUAUAUAUCUAACCCUGGGAAGAAGCCUGUUUACCUCUCUGGCUAUGGUGUGGAGUUGGCCAUUAAGAGCACUGAGUACAAGGCCAAGGAUGAUACUCAGGUGAAAGGAACUGAAGUAAAUGCCACAGUGAUAGGUGAAAAUGAUCCUAUUGAUGAAGUUCAAGGAUUCUUCUUUGGAAAAUUAAGAGAUCUGCACCCUGACCUGAAGGAACAGUUGAAAGAACUCAGAAAACAUCUUGUAGAGAGCACCAAUGAAAUGGCACCUUUAAAAGUGUGGCAGUUACAAGGUAAUAAAACCCCAGAGAAAUCACUGGCCUUCAUUUUGUAUUUCAAAGGAACUUUAGGAUUACAGCCUGGAGAUUCAGCUUUGUUCAUCAAUGGACUACACAUUGAUUUAGAUACACAGGAUAUAUUUAGUUUAUCUGAUGUAUUGAGGAAUGAAGCACGGGUAAUGGAAGGUCUACAUAGAUUGGGCAUAGGAGGCCUAUCUCUACAUAAUGUUUUGAAACUGAACAUCCAGCCCACUGAGGCUGACUAUGCGGUAGACAUCAGAAGUCCUGCUAUUUCCUGGAUUAACAACCUGGAGAUUGAUAGCAGAUAUGAUUCAUGGCCUUCUAGUCUACAAGAGUUACUCCGACCCACCUUUCCUGGUGUUAUCAGGCAGAUCAGGAAAAACUUGCAUAACAUGGUUUUUAUAUUUGAUCCUGCUCAUGACAUCACAGCAGAAUUGAUUAACACAGCUGAAAUGUUCCUCAGUAAUCAUAUACCACUAAGAAUUGGCUUAAUCUUUGUGGUUAAUGACUCUGAAGAUGUUGAUGGGAUGCAGGAUGCUGGAGUGGCUGUUCUUCGAGCAUAUAAUUAUGUUGCCCAAGACCUGGAUGAUUAUCAUGCCUUCCAAACCCUGAUACAUAUAUAUAACAAGGUAAGAACUGGAGAAAAGGUGAAAAUUGAACAUGUGGUCAGUGUCCUGGAGAAGAAAUAUCCAUAUGUAGAAGUGAAUAGCAUUUUGGGCAUUGAUUCUACUUAUGAUCAAAAUCGAAAGGAAGCAAGAGCCUACUAUGAGCAGACUGGAGUUGGUCCACUGCCUGUGGUUCUCUUCAAUGGGAUGCCAUUGGAGAAGGAACAGCUGGAUCCUGAUGAGUUGGAAACCAUCACAAUGCACAAAAUCUUGGAGAGUACAACCUUCUUCCAAAGAGCGGUGUACUUGGGUGAACUGUCCAGUGAUCAAGAUGUGAUUGAGUAUAUUAUGAAUCAGCCAAAUGUUGUUCCACGAAUCAAUUCUAGAAUUUUGACAGCUGAACGAAAGUACCUGGAUUUAACAUCAACUAAUAACUUCUUUGUGGAUGAUUAUGCUAGAUUUUCUGUCUUGGAUUCUCAAGGCAAGACUGCUGCUAUAGCCAAUAGUAUGAACUAUCUGACAAAGAGAGGAAUGUCUUCCAAGGAAAUAUAUGAUGAUUCUUUUAUUAGGCCAAUAACGUUUUGGAUUGUUGGGGAUUUUGAUAGGCUUUCUGGAAGACAGUUAUUGUAUGAUGCUAUUAAACAUCAGAAGUCCAGUAAUAAUGUGAGAAUAAGCAUAAUAAAUAAUCCAAGUGAAAAUAUAAGUUAUGAGAACACUCAGAUCUCCAGAGCAAUAUGGGCAGCCCUCCAAAUGCAGACCUCCAACUCUGCAAAGAACUUCAUCACCAAAAUGGUCAAGGAGGAGACUGCAGAGGCCCUGGCCAGAGGGGCUGAUAUUGGGGCAUUCUCUGUUGGAGGCAUGGAUUUCAGUCUUUUUAAAGAGGUCUUUGAGUCUUCCAAAAUGGAUUUCAUUUUGUCUCACGCCAUGUACUGCAGGGAUGUUCUGAAACUGAAGAAGGGACAAAGGGCAGUGAUCAGCAAUGGAAGGAUUAUUGGGCCACUAGAGGAUAGUGAACUGUUUAAUCAAGAUGAUUUCCACCUCCUGGAGAACAUCAUACUAAAAACUUCAGGACAGAAAAUAAAAUCUCAUAUUCAACAUCUUCAAAUAGAAGAAGAUGUGGCAAGUGACUUAGUAAUGAAGGUGGAUGCUCUCCUGUCCACUCAACCCAAAGGAGAUGCAAGAAUUGAGCACCAUUUCUUUGAAGAUAGACACAGUGCCAUUAAACUGAGGCCAAAGGAAGGAGAGACGUACUUUGAUGUUGUGGCCAUCAUUGACCCUGUCACCAGAGAAGCACAGAGACUUGCCCCAUUGCUCUUGGUUAUGACUCAACUGAUAAACAUGAAUCUAAGAGUAUUUAUGAACUGCCAAUCUAAACUUUCCGACAUGCCAUUAAAAAGCUUUUACCGCUAUGUCUUAGAACCAGAGAUUUUGUUCACUUCAGAAAAUAGUUUUGCUAAGGGUCCAAUAGCAAAAUUUUUGGAUAUGCCACAGUCUCCUCUCUUUACUCUGAAUUUGAACACACCUGAGAGUUGGAUGGUAGAAUCUGUCAGAACACCCUAUGAUCUUGAUAAUAUUUAUUUAGAAGAGGUAGAUAGCAUAGUGACUGCUGAAUAUGAGCUGGAGUACCUAUUACUAGAAGGUCAUUGCUAUGACAUCACCACAGGCCAACCCCCAAGGGGACUGCAGUUUACCUUAGGAACUUCAGCCAACCCAGUGAUUGUUGAUACCAUUGUUAUGGCUAAUCUGGGCUACUUUCAAUUAAAAGCCAACCCAGGAGCUUGGAUUCUAAGACUCAGGAAGGGGCGCUCUGAAGACAUUUAUAGAAUCUACAGCCAUGAUGGUACAGAUUCUCCUCCUGAUGCUGAUGAAGUUGUUGUUGUCCUCAACAACUUCAAGAGCAAAAUUAUUAAAGUGAAGGUUCAGAAGAAGGCAGACAAGGUGAAUGAAGACUUGCUGAGUGAUGGAACUAAAAAUGAGAAUGAAUCUGGAUUUUGGGAUUCCUUCAAAUGGGGCUUUUCUGGAGGACAUAAGACAGAGGAAGUGAAACAAGAUAAAGAUGACAUAAUUAAUAUUUUCUCCGUUGCAUCUGGUCAUUUGUAUGAAAGAUUUCUUCGUAUAAUGAUGUUAUCGGUACUGAAGAACACCAAGACCCCUGUGAAAUUCUGGUUUUUAAAGAAUUAUUUGUCCCCUACAUUUAAGGAGUUUAUACCUUACAUGGCAAAUGAAUACAAUUUCCAGUAUGAGCUUGUUCAGUACAAGUGGCCCCGGUGGCUCUAUCAGCAGACUGAGAAGCAGCGCAUCAUCUGGGGUUACAAGAUCCUCUUCCUGGAUGUCCUCUUCCCUCUCAUUGUUGACAAAUUCCUUUUUGUGGAUGCUGACCAGAUUGUACGAACAGAUCUGAAAGAGUUAAGAGAUUUCAAUUUGGACGGUGCGCCUUAUGGUUAUACUCCUUUCUGCGAUAGCCGAAGAGAAAUGGAUGGCUACAGGUUCUGGAAGUCAGGGUACUGGGCCAGCCAUUUAGCUGGGCGAAAGUAUCAUAUCAGUGCACUAUAUGUUGUGGAUCUAAAGAAGUUCAGGAAAAUAGCUGCUGGUGACAGACUCAGGGGUCAGUACCAGGGUCUGAGUCAGGAUCCCAACAGCCUUUCAAAUCUUGAUCAGGAUUUACCCAAUAACAUGAUUCAUCAGGUGCCAAUAAAAUCACUCCCGCAAGAAUGGCUUUGGUGUGAGACUUGGUGUGAUGAUGCCUCUAAGCAAAGGGCGAAGACAAUUGAUUUGUGUAAUAAUCCAAUGACCAAAGAGCCCAAACUAGAAGCAGCUAUGCGAAUUGUCCCAGAGUGGCAGGACUAUGACCAAGAAAUCAAACAGUUACAGAUCCGUUUUCAAAAGGAGAAGGAGGCAGGACCACUAUCGAAAGAGACUAAGACAAAAGAGCCAAGCCAAGAAGGGCCUCAGACACAUGAAGAAUUAUGAUCUCCUGAGGAUAGGAAAUUGCGCCAUUUGAAAAACAGUUUUUAUAUUAAAUGCUAGUUUUUUCUGAUCUGUCUGUACAACUGCUGAUGAACUGGUUGGGCAGAUGUGCCACAUCUUUGAUUCUGAGUGUUUGAUUUUGACUUCUGCACACUGGUGG